AUGCCGACUUUUGGAGGUCUUCUCAAGAAGAAGAAGACAAAGGAGUCAACAAGCGAGGAAAAGGGCUCUGGCUAUCAAGCAAUCCAGUACAAAGAAUCCCAUAAGAAGGACACUCAGACCUCCUCACAGUCCUCUAAGCCCGCCGCAAGCGAUACCUCCAAAGCCACUCAACCCACCAACAUAACCACCGUAACCUCCACCCCAGAUCCUACCAAUGACCGAACUACCUCCAACGGCUCCCCUGAGCAAGAACCAAUGAACACUGCCAACCUGACCAACCCUCAGGGUGGGUCAGUAGAGAGCAAGGCUACUCCAAGGCAGACCAAGGGUAAAUAUACCCUGACUGACUUUGCAUUGCAGCGUACACUAGGUACGGGCUCGUUCGGUCGCGUACAUCUGGUGCAGUCUAAGCACAACCAACGCUACUAUGCUAUUAAAGUCUUGAAGAAGGCCCAGGUGGUCAAGAUGAAACAGAUAGAGCACACAAACGACGAGAGGAGAAUGUUGCAAAGGGUCAAACACCCCUUUCUAAUCACUCUCUGGGGCACUUUCCAGGACUCCAAGAACCUGUACAUGGUUAUGGAUUUUAUUGAGGGUGGUGAGCUGUUCAGCUUACUUCGCAAGUCUCAACGUUUCCCCAAUCCAGUGGCCAAGUUUUACGCUGCCGAAGUCACGUUAGCGUUGGAGUAUCUGCAUGCACAGAACAUUAUUUACCGAGAUCUGAAACCCGAGAAUCUCCUCCUAGACCGCCAUGGUCACGUCAAGAUCACCGAUUUCGGCUUCGCGAAGGACGUUCCAGAUAUCACCUGGACGCUAUGUGGCACGCCGGAUUACCUGGCUCCCGAAGUUGUCGCCUCGAAAGGAUACAACAAGUCCGUGGACUGGUGGUCCCUUGGCAUCCUCAUUUUCGAAAUGCUGUGCGGCUUCACACCCUUUUGGGAUGGCGGCUCGCCUGUGAAGAUCUACGAGAACAUCCUCAAGGGCCGUGUCAAGUAUCCGCCAUAUAUCCACCACGACGCACAAGACCUCUUGGUGCAGCUCAUCACCGCCGAUCUGACGAAGCGACUAGGCAACUUGCACGGAGGUAGCGCCGACGUGAAGAACCAUGCCUGGUUCAGCGAGGUAACGUGGGAGAGAUUGGUCAAGAAAGAUAUCGAUGCACCUUAUGUGCCGCCUGUCAAGGGCGGUGCUGGCGACGCGAGCCAGUUUGACAAGUACCCUGAGGAGACGGAGGAGUAUGGCAAGAAGGGUGAUGAUCCGUAUGUCUUAGCUCAUAUUCUAUCUACAGGAGUAUAA